AUGGUCAAGUCGGCUCCGGGAAGGAGUUUCCUUGGCCAUGUGAAGUUUGGCUCGUUCCUUUUCGUUUCUUCCUGCAUAAAAGUGUUAGUUAAGCUCAAAGAAGAGUUUUCCAACCGGUUGGCGCGCUAUGCCGUGAUUUGGUUUUGUCGGCCAUAUUGCUUGCGCGCCAUCGGCCAGAAUGAGCUCCGUCGUCUAUCUCAUGCCGUGAUGAUUUCUCCGUCCUAUCUUUUGGAUUUGCCGACCAAAUGUGAUUUUAUGGUCGCCUGGUCCCAAAGAACCACUGCUCCAUAUGGCUUGACUUCUUUUAUCUUGAACGGGCCAGACCAUCUUGAGCGUAGUUUGCCGGGAAAAAGCUUGAGUCUUGAGUUGAAAAGCAGGACCUGGUCAUUCGCGGCAAAGGACUUAGGCACUAUCUUCUAUCAUGGAGCGCUUUGGUCUUUUCUUGUAGAUUUGGCUGUUCUCGUAAGCCAGGUGUCGGAUCUAUCUUCAAGCUCGUUCAAUUGGAUCAGGCGCCUCUCCGCUGCGGUUUUAAGAUUGAAAUUAGCUCCUUGA